UGCCACAUGUGGGCCACAAAUGAAGCAUUCACCAUUUCACCCCGAUCUCACAAAAUAUACAAGACAGAGAAAGAGAGUGAGAAGUGAGAAUCGAAAGAAAGAAGAAAAGUGAGAAAAUCCUGUAACCCUCGUCUUCCUCUUUUCUCUUUGUAUACAUCUUUCUCUCUCCUCUCUGUCACCCUCCUGCAAUUCUUCCUUCUAUGUCGGUGCCUUUUUCCAUAGAUCUCCUCAAAAGUAAAACCCUACUCUUUUAAUUCGCUCAAAUCGCAAUCUUCACUUUCGAUUUUACAUAUCCCGUGAUUUCCAACUUCUGACAUUGUUGUUUCACUUCUGCAAAAAACUUCAAUUUCUUAUUUUUUUUUUUUGAACAAGAGAAAUACCCACCUUCUAAAUUAAACUGGGGUUUUCCUUUAUUUGAUGCUUAUUGUUAUAUGGGUCGAAAUCUUCAAUUUUUUCCGCCAUUGCAAUCGUAGUUUGUGAAAGAGAGUAAGAGAGAGAGAAGGAUUAAGUUGAGUGAUUGUGAAGAUUUCAAGCUAUGCAAGAUUCAGGGGCAUCUUCGGAAACUUACAAUGGGAUGUCUUCUGAUAAUAUUAAAGGUUUAGUAUUGGCUUUAUCAUCUAGUUUUUUCAUUGGAGCAAGCUUCAUUGUUAAGAAAAAAGGGUUAAAGAAAGCUGGAGCUAGUGGUGUUAGAGCAGGGAGUGGAGGUUACUCCUACUUAUAUGAGCCACUUUGGUGGACAGGCAUGCUAACUAUGGUUGUUGGGGAGAUUGCUAAUUUUGCAGCCUAUGCUUUUGCACCAGCUAUUUUGGUAACUCCGCUUGGUGCUGUCAGUAUCAUCAUAAGUGCUACCCUUGCACAUAUUAUCUUAAGAGAGAGGCUACACAUAUUCGGCAUCCUUGGCUGUAUACUAUGUGUUGUGGGCUCAAUAACAAUUGUUCUGCAUGCACCUCAAGAGCGUCAAAUUGAGUCUGUUGCAGAAGUAUGGGAUCUAGCGACAGAACCAGGUUUCCUCGUAUACGUUGUAUUGGUGCUAAUAUUAGUCUUUAUUCUCAUGGUAAACUUUGUUCCACAAUACGGGCAGACUCAUGUAAUGGUCUACAUCGGAAUUUGUUCGCUUGUUGGGUCUUUGUCGGUAAUGGGUGUUAAAGCACUUGGAAUUGCUCUGAAGUUGACAUUUUCAGGAAUGAAUCAGUUAGCAUACCCCCAAACUUGGGCAUUUGCUAUUUUCGUGAUAUCUUGUAUUCUAACACAAAUGAAUUAUCUAAACAAGGCACUUGAUACUUUCAACACGGCAUUGGUGUCACCUAUAUACUAUGUGAUGUUUACGACCUUUACCAUUCUGGCUAGUGUUAUUAUGUUUAAGGAUUGGGCUGGACAAAAUGGUACUCAAAUUGUGACAGAGAUGUGUGGAUUUGUAACCAUUCUGGCAGGAACUUUUCUUCUACAUAAAACAAAAGACAUGGCAGACAGCCCAUCCUUUCCAUACCCACGAACUCCUAAACACUCCAAUAUGGAGGUAUUUGACCUCGAGGGGUCCCCUCUGGUGAACCAAGAAUUAGCACGGACAUCAUAACCGAAGCAUGUAUCUCUUAUAUCUCCAAGUGCCCCGUGUUGUCCUUACAGAGUUCAGAGUGUGGCAUGUUUAAGUAUGAGUGAAUGAUCUCCCAUUCGACUGCACAGCCCAACAGCAAACAUUCCAGGAUUGAGAAUGAAUUAAGCUGAGUUGCGUCAAUGGCGCAUGCCAAUGAGGUUUUUGCCCUAUCUGUACGGUAUGCUUUAGUUUUUGAACCAAUACCAUUGAUCAGGGCUUUGAGUGACGAUGUAACAAUGAUGCAUACUUUGUAGAUAAUUAAUUUCUACUCGAAUACAGGUUCGAGUUUGCUUCGAGUGUUGUAAAAACAUACAGGAAGCUGAGUAGUCAUUUACAUUCAUUUUUAUCAA